AUUCUGUAAAGUGUGUUUGUGUUUGUGUUGGUGUGGAAGAUAUCUUGGUGACAACGAAGAAGAACAGCGGUCAACAAUGGGUGAGUUUAAAGUGCACCGGGUCCGCUUCUUUGACUACAUGCCCAGCGCUAUCCGGGCUAUGGCGUUCAACAGCUGCACCGAGAGACUGGCUGUGGCCCGAUCUGAUGGCACAGUAGAGAUCUUCAACUUCACUGACAAUUACUUCCAAGAAAAGGUGAUCCCAGGACAGGACGGCAGAACUGUUGAGGCUCUGUGUUGGGUGGGCCAACGACUGUUCAGUGCUGGUUUGAAUGGAGAAAUCACAGAGUAUCACCUGGAGAACCUGAGGCCCCGGUAUGCUGUAGAGGCAUAUGGAGGACCAAUAUGGACCAUCACUAGCAACAGCCAGGGGACACAGCUGGCAGUUGGUUGUGAGGAUGGGACCGUGAAGAUAUUUGCAAUACUGGAGGAGAGGAUUCAGUUUCAAAGAAACCUCAACAGACAGAAAGGCCGCAUCAUAUCUUUGGGCUGGCAUCCCUCUGGUGCGCAGAUUGCUGCUGGAAUGACUGACAUGAUUGCAGUCUUUGAUGCAGAGACAGGCCACACCACACACAGACUGCUGGUGGAGAGGGGUGUGGGAGCAUCUAAGAAUAAAGAAGUGGUGGUUUGGAGCAUUGGUUUUCUGUCCAACCACACCAUCAUCAGCGGUGAUUCUGCAGGAAAGGUCCAGAUCUGGGAUGGACUCACAGGAACUCUGGUCAGGAGUUACCUGGUCACCAGGUGGGAUGUUCUGGUUCUGUCUGUUUCACAGGAUGAGAGCAGUGUCAUUGCUGGGACAUCCGAGGGCACCGUCAUCCAGUUCCAGUUCAUCUCCUCCACUGUGGACCAGCACGAGAAAGAGUGGGUCCGAACAAGGACCUUUAGAAACCAUUCGCAUGAUGUGCGGGCACUUAUUCACACAGGCACCGCAGUGGUUUCUGGAGGUAUGGAUACCCAGUUGGUGGUGCGCCCACUGCUGGAUAAGGUGGAAAGGAACACUCAGGAGUCAGCACUGCGCAAAAUAGCUUUCCCACAUAGGAGCCUAGUUGGUUGUGCAAAGAAAGCUGGACUCCUCCUCUUCCAGUUCCCUGGUCACUUAGAGCUCUGGAAACUUGGAGAAAGUGAAGGACAUGGAAAACCUGGCGACUGUCUACCUGUGAAGAGGAAACCAGAGAAGCUGAUCGAGCUGAAGCGGAAGGGAGAAGAUCAUAUCUGCUGCAGUGCUUUGUCUGCAUGUGGAGGCUGGCUGGCAUAUUCCACUGUCUCCAGUGUUUGUCUCUACAGAGUACAAUACAACAGCAACAACAUCGGGAUCAAGAAGGUGUCCAAACUACCUAAAGAACUUCGCUCAGCCCACCAGCUCUGCUUCUCCUCUGACUCCUCCAAACUCUUUGCGUCCUCUCGCCAAUCUUCAGUUAUUGUUGUUGCUGUCAACCAGCUGGAGUGCAAAUAUCUUCAUACUCUCCAACAUAAGUCAGGUUCCAGACAGCCAGUCCACCUGCUUUUUGCCAGUGAUGAUGGUAAAUGGCUUGCUACAGCAAACACAGACUGUGAGAUCCACAUCUACAACCUUCACAAGCUGAAGCUCCACUGUAUGGUUCCAGUGUACAGCUCCUGCCCCACUGCCAUCGCCAUUCACCCAGUGACCAGCAAUCUCAUCUCUGUGCAUGCCGACCAGCAGAUCUUUGAAUUCUCCUUGGUGCAGAAGGAGUACACACAAUGGAGUCGAAAACUGCAGACACAAGGACUGCAUUCCCUGUGGCUGGAGCGGGACACACCCAUAACCCACAUCACCUUCAAUCCCAGGAACCCAGACCACAUCAUUCUGCACGACACCUUCAUGUUCUGCAUCAUUGACCAGAGUCUGCCUCUCCCAGAAGUGAAGGCAGUGCUCUGCAAUCAAAUGACAUUGAAGAGCCUUCCUGUGCCAGAGAGGAUUGGACAAAGCCAUGCCUUUAAGAUCUGUAAAAAUUUCCAGCACCUCAUGUGUGUCAGUCUAUUGGAGGACCUCUCUCUGGUGGUAGUGGAGCGCCCCUUGCUGGACAUCAUGUCUCAGCUGCCUGCACCUGUCCACCAGAAGAAGUUUGCAACUUAAAUGUUUGUGUGACAAGAUUUGAAUGUUAUCUUGUGUUAAUAGUUCUCUAUUUUGUAUGAGAAGUUUUGAAAAUGUAAUAAAAUAAACUUUUUACUGUUA